AUGGCCUCAUUCCUCACUUUACCUCUCCCUUUCGCUCACCUCCAAAGUGACUGUCUGGCUGAGGGUCCUGCCCACUCCGACUUACCACCACGCAUCCGUCGCUUUCCCCGACACUCCGACUCAGUUGACAGUGAUGCAUUCCGCGCAUCUACUUCCUCAAGCCAGCGGCUCUUGCAAUACUGUCAGGAUCGCUCUUGUCACAAGGUCGCAGCGCGCGGCGCGCUACCCAGACGCUCAGCCCAUUCGCGGUUGUCCAGACGAGAUGCACGCGUUUCGCUGAUCGAAAACAGGACCUCUCUUUUCCUGGACCCCCCCAAGCCGAGCCCGCGCGCCCACGACGUUCGAUCGCUCCGCGCACGCACGUAUCACGUCCGACGUUCGCGUCACGUACCCCCAGCCCCGUCCCGCCACGCGGACGACGCGUCCCCUUCGGAUAGCUCGACCAGGUUGGUGGAGGGACUCGCCGUCCGCCGCGAAGAGCUCCCCACGGGUUUCCGCGCGUGCUUUGGUGGCGCGGACCUCGUGUACAGUAAGCAUGGGCUUCGCCCCCGCGGCGCUGGCGAGCAUACACUGCUCCGCGAUCGUAAUCUCUCAGGCGGUCGCGGGAUGGAGUGCGGGCAGGAGGGUGGUGUCGAGCGGGGUCGCGGGGUCUUCGGACGCAGGCGUUGA